AUGCAAAAGACAUAUCUCAUGGAAAUAACUAUGAUAAUUUUGAUCAAAUUUACUUCUGCCGAAUUAAAAGAUCAUAUAAUACUUUGGGAUGCAAGUAAUUGGAGGUUCAAAGAAAAUCAAAAUGAUAUUUAUGCUACUGAGGGUGACAAUCUAAUAUUUAUCUGUCCAAAAAAUCGAACAUUUUCUCAAAAUCUCUAUUGGACAGAUGAUCCACGUGUACAAUUAAAAUGUAAUAAAACAUUACCUAUUAAAGUUAUUAAACUUUUGGAUUGUUUUGGAAACAAGUCAGUUACGGAGUUCGUUCUUAAAGUUAGCCGUUUCCCAGAAAUCGCAUCACUACCAAGUUUUCAUUCAAAAAUUCCCGUUUAUUUCGUAGCUCAGUCUGUGAUAUGUCAACAGAAUAAUUUUCGUUUAAGCGUUAAACUAGUGUCUGGUAAUAAGACAGAUAUUACCAAUCACAUUGUUACUACUGAAGAAAUGCAGACAAAGAAACAUUCCAGAAAAUUUCAAUUAUUCUCAAAUACAUCAAUUUCUCCUCAAUUAAAAACAACACAAAUUCAUUAUCCUUUAAAUGAUUCAUCAAAUCUAUUCUGGAAUCAAGAAUAUAAUACAAAACAAAAAUUAAAUUGGAUUGAAUAUAAAAUUUUACUUUUACCAGCUACAUUAGCAUUUUUUACAUUAAUCAGUAUACAAAUUAUUUUAUGUGGAUUAUGGUUUUCUAAUUCAAUUACUCAAAAAUUAAUGAAAUGCUUUAAAAAACAUAAAUAUAAACAUCAUAAUCUACAAUUACAAACAAAUGACAUUUAUAAAAAUGAUCAAAUAGAUAAAGAUUUAAAUAGAUCACAUUCAAUUCAAUCAAAUGAUAAAACAAUUAAAUUACCGAUUCUUAAUUAUGAAACAAAAUCGAAUGUCAAUUUAUGUUGUCAAUCAAAACCUUCAUUACUCAUAAAUAAAUAUAAUUUGAAUAAUAUAGAAAAACAACAAAAUUCUAUCAAUUCUCAUUGGUUAAUACAUUUUAAUCAAUUUGAUAAUGAUAUAUCAUUCUAUAAAUUUAAUGAUCAACAAUCUGAACCAUAUGUAUUCAGAUCAAAUAAGCCAGAGAAAUUAUUAUUUAAUUUUCAAAAGAAUUUAAUUCAUCAAACUAUUCCAGAUACAUCAACUAUUCUAUGUAAUUGUAUCAGUCAAUCAAAUAAUAUGAAACUUAAACCAAAUCAAGAAUUAUUAAUUCCAGUAUCCAUUUACUUAAAUAAAAAUGUAAUGGAAGAUUGA